GUUUAUCGCCAUUGUCGUUUCCGGUCCUCAUCUGAGGAAUUCGUCACCGCAACGCCUGAGAAAAUACGCCAUUUAACUCCGAAGAGAUACAAUUACAUUACACGGGGACAUUUUAACGACUAAUUUAUUCACUUGUGCUACGACUGGAUACGUUUGCAAGUUGGCUGUCGCGAGACAGCCGUUAGACUAACCGCAUUUCGCUUUCCGGCUCGGGGUCCUGUGUUAGCGCUAUGGAAGGCAGCGCCAGCGUCAGGAGAGCCCUGUGCGGCACUCUGGUGCCUGCCGCCCUCACCACCAUCGCCCUUAGGCCGGAGUCCAAAGACGCUGACGCAGGGAAGCCGCACAAAAAAGUAUUGAACGAGGAGGAUUACAUUGAGAGCUUGGAGAAGAUCAUCCAGAGGGACUUUUUCCCAGACGUGACCAAACUGCAGGCCCAGAAAGACUAUCUGGAUGCCGAGGAAAUUGGAGACCUGGAGCGCAUGAGAGAAAUCUCAAUCCGCUACGGAAAGUCCAAGAACACACCUCAACCCUCUGCACCCUAUGUGACGCCGGCGAGCUUUGAGACACCAGUGGGCCGUGCAGGAUCGCCAACUAUCUCCAACAGAGGCGGAGAUGCCGAAAGCGUGGCGGGCGACAAGCGCGAGGAGAAGGAGCUGCCAUCGCUGGAUCGCUUCCUGACCAAAAACACCAGCGAGGACAAUGCCUCGUUUGAGCAGAUCAUGGACCUGGCCGACGACAAGGAGAAGAUGAAGCAUGCGUGGCUGUACGAAGCCGAAGCCGAGUUCAAAGAGCGUCAUGAGCAGAAUCUUGCCUUACCACAACCAGAGAAGGCCGCUCUUGAGUGUGUAAAAGCUGGCCUGGAAACGUGGGAAUAUAAAGCAAAGAACGCCUUGAUGUACUAUCCAGAAGGCGUCAAAGACGACGACGCACUCUUCAAGAAACCACGCGAGGUGGUUCAUAAGAACACGCGCUUCACCGGCGACCCGUUCAGCAAGGCGCUGAACAAGAGCCAGAUCCAGCAGGCUGCAGCGCUCAACGCACAGUUCAAACAGGGUAAGGUGGGUCCAGACGGCAAAGAGUUGAUCCCGCACGAUUCUCCCACGGUGAACGGUUAUGGCUUCGAAAGGACGCCCUCCCCCGCCCCUGGCAUGGCCGAGUCACCGCUAAUGACAUGGGGAGAAAUCGAGAGCACCCCGUUCCGCUUGGAGGGAUCCGACACGCCAUACGCCGAGAGGAACCACGGCCCCUCGUUUAAGAUUCCCGAGCCAGGGAGACGGGAGCGGCUGGGCUUGAAGAUGGCCAACGAAGCGGCCGCCAAAAAUCGAGCCAAAAAACAGGAAGCCCUGAGGAAAGUCACAGAAAACCUGGCCAGCCUGACCCCGAAAGGUCUGAGUCCAGCCCUGACGCCAGCCCUGCAACGUCUGGUCAACCGCACGUCCAGCAAGUACACAGAUAAAGCUCUGCGGGCCAGCUACACCCCGUCGCCCUUGCACCGCGCCAUUGGCUGCAAGUCCCCGUUCGGCGGGCCGUCCACACCUUCGGGCACACCCACACCCGACAAGGCCAAGACGCCAGGAGCACACGACGAGUCAUCCCUCACUGACAAUCUGCUGGAGCUGCCCAAAAGGCGGAAAGCCUCUGACUUUUUUUAAAGAACCUUUUGGUGGACUUCAUGCUAUGUCGGGAAUUCAUUCGCUUUGCAUUUUUGUUUCACCAUUUUACAAUGGUGACCAUUUUGUAUUUAUUUGUGUUGUUCACACAAACAAAAAUAUAACCAGUACAACACGUAUCCAAACACUGUUAUCAAAAGCGCGUCAUCAUGUUACUCAAUGUUGCAGUUCAGAAAUUUUCUGACGUGAGACUUUCUUUCUCUGUUUCCUUCGGCAUUAUUUUUAUAAUUAAAAUACAGUGGGACAAAGUUG